AGACAUAGUGAUACAAGAGCGGGGAGGCGGCUCCGGCGCGGACCUAGGAGAGCCUGGGCACCAGCCGCGAGCCAGCCUCUGUCCCCGCGGCCCGAGGCAUCCGGCGACCCGGCGAGCGGCCUCAGGUAACGCGGGCGGGACCGGCGGAGGCCCCGUCCCCUCCCCCUCCACUGUCCAUUCCCCAUCCUCGGCCCCUGAUUCGUCUCCCUGACCCCGAUUCCGCCAUACGUGGCAGCAUCUGGAGGAAGAGACCCUGGGCAGGGAACCCCGACCCGGUUCCGGCCUCACCUUCCCAGGGAGAAGGGGGCGACACUUAACUUCCAGCUCAGGCCCCGCCAUGGGGAAGACCAACAGCAAACUGGCCCCAGAGGUGCUGGAGGACCUGGUCCAGAACACGGAGUUCAGUGAGCAGGAGCUGAAGCAGUGGUACAAGGGCUUCCUAAAGGACUGCCCCAGCGGCAUCCUUAACCUGGAGGAGUUCCAGCAGCUCUAUAUCAAGUUCUUCCCCUACGGCGACGCCUCCAAGUUUGCGCAGCACGCUUUUCGCACCUUUGACAAGAAUGGCGACGGCACUAUCGACUUCCGGGAGUUCAUCUGCGCCCUUUCAGUGACUUCCCGCGGCAGCUUCGAGCAGAAACUCAACUGGGCCUUUGAGAUGUAUGACCUGGACGGCGACGGGCGCAUCACGCGCCUCGAAAUGCUAGAGAUCAUCGAGGCUAUCUACAAGAUGGUGGGCACUGUGAUCAUGAUGCGCAUGAACCAGGAUGGGCUCACCCCCCAGCAACGCGUGGAUAAAAUCUUCAAGAAGAUGGACCGGGAUAAGGACGACCAGAUCACGCUGGAGGAGUUCAAGGAGGCAGCCAAGAGUGACCCGUCCAUCGUGCUGCUGCUGCAGUGUGACAUGCAGAAGUAGAGGCUGGUGAGGGGCAGGCCCCCGGAGGAGCACUCUCACCUCCCACCCCAUCACCUCUCUGGCUGGUCCUUCCCCAGGGGAAGGGGACACCAGUCUUACUGUCUGGCUAACCCACCCCUCUGCCCAAGUCCUUGUCCCUCCCCCACUCCAUGAUCCUCGAGGGACCACCUCCCCCUCUGGAAAAGAGACAGAUCCUCAGGUAUCCUGUCCUCCAACCCCAUACCCAGUCGUUGUCCAGAGCCCAGCAUCUCCUGGGCUUAUCGGAGAGCUGGCUCUGGCUGCAAGAGACAGGGUUAAGGUCUGGGAUUUCGCCCCCCCCCCCCCCGUGGAAUUCUGUAGUUCCUGGCAUCAGACUUUCUAGGAUGUGGUCCCACUGACCCAAGUUCAAGGGCCAAAUUGGGUCUGUCUUUUGCUGAAGACCCAAGUCCUUAAAAUGGACCACUGCCUCGCCCCCUGGAUUCUACUGGGUCCCUCGGCCCCUACUUGGGAGUGUGCAUCCAGCCUUUUCCUCAGCUCACAUGUAUUGAGUCGCCUGUUCCAUGCCAGGCACCUCUAGGUGCUAAGAGUGUGCAGUGCCCCGUGGGAGCUCCUAUGGCGGGAGACGGAUCUCAGCCAGGGCGUGGUGAGGCGGGUUCAUCGGAAGGGAACUAUUGAACCUUCCCACUGGCUCCCACAGAGCUGCGGGAGGAUGAAGCAAAGAGGAUUCGGAAGUCUCUGAACCCUGAGGGCGGAUGUUUUAAGAAAAAUUGCAAUCAUGUAAUUAUUUUUUUUAGCACCCUUGAAAAGAGCUCCCAUUUUAUUAGUAUAGGAUGAAAAAAGUCUUUAUAUUUACUGGAUUCUUACGAUUACUUAAAUAUAGAAAAUGCUGAUUUUAGGAGGAAAGGAUGCUGGGGGACAAAAGAGGGAAAAUGCCACCAAACUUGUCGGCUCACACAUUUCCUUAUCAGGCUGAGUCUGGGCUGCCGUUGUCAGCAUUUUCUGCUGCCGCUUCCUUUUCCAUGAGCAUAUCGAGGCCCCGCAGCUCCCGGGCGCGUUUACCCUGGAAGGGUGCUGACUUCAGGGAGAAAGACAAGCCUGCCAGGGUGAGACCAGUGCCUUGCCCGCCUCUUGGUGGUUCGGCCCUGAAUUUGGUCUAGUUCAUGGAGGGGCUUGUUCUCUUGCUGCUAGAGGAAGAAGGGGCUGGAAGACGAGGACCCCUAGCCACUGUUUAGGCUGAAUAGGCGGCGGUGAUGAGCCUGCGGCCUCACCCUGCGCUGGGCGAGCUUCACGGGAAAGGCUUUUUUGAUGCCCUCUGUCCUAAAUCUGCCAGGCAAUCCCUCAUCUCUCAAGUGCUCUACUUUUGCUUCCCCGUGUCUGCUCUGCCCCCUGGGAGCCACAUGCUCCCAGCUGCAUGCUCUGACCGCCAGAAAAGCGAGUCUGCUCUCUUCCCGCGCUGCCCUCCUGUCUCGUGAUCAGUGGCUUGCUGUGCCCUGGCGAGGUCAUCCUCGUGAAAAACGGUCUUAUCCCCAGUGGCUACCUGCCCAGAGGGGGACCAGGGAAUGGCUGCCCAGGCAGGGGUGCACGGAUGUGUCUGCAGGAAAGACACAGAAUUCGCCUCUCUGGGGCUGUGCCCCCCUGCAGGCACCUGGGGGUGCGUCUUUUGGGCCUGAAUUCCAUUGGAUUCUGCUUCUUGCUGCCCUGGAAGGUAGCAGGGCCCCUGGGUGCCACCCUUUUCCUCUCUUUUGCUAGUAAACUGGGGACGUUGCCCUGAGGGCGGUAACCAACAGGGUUCUAACCGGCACCACCUCAGAGGAUGCUCCAUUGCUCUCAGGAGCCGGCUUUUAUGGGGCUUUGUGCUGUCAGUAAUAGACACGCAGAUACUCGGCCCAGCUCCACUGAGACCCAGAGAGUAACACAGGAAGGCGUUCUACAGAGUGGGGUGCCUUCCCCGCCCCAAGGCUAAAUCUAACCAUGUCAGCCAGAAUGUCUUGGCUUUCAGAGGCUUGCCACUGACCCUCGAAGCUGAGGGUAGUAGGGAUUUUCAUUCCCGUUCUCCAGACUCAGGCUUUCAGAGUGCCUCUUCCCUCACGAGUCUCUUCCCUGCCCCGCUCUCUGACGCUCAGCGGUAACAGGGCUGACUCUGGGGUCCCAGUUGGCUUUUGCAAGCUUCCCGCUGAGAAGCUUCUGAGCUGUGGUCUUCCAAACAGAAACAGGAGUGUGGUGGCCCUCCUCAUGGGGUCAACCCUCCUGUCUUCUGCUUCUGGGAACCUCUGCUCAUGGGUCUCUGCUGUCCCCCAUGUCUCUGCCUCAGAACUCUGUGAGUUUCUCAUGCCCUCUCUGCCACAUGGGGCACAUUGGCUCAUGCUCAGCUCCCGGACACAUACCCGUGGGUGAUCUUGGCUGGUUCUUAGAUGGCCCAAAUAGUGUGAACCCAUAACGCCAGGCUAGGCGCUGGCAACAUCUCCUUGUGGAUUCGAGAAGCCCCCAGGUGGAAUACAUGCUCCCACAUGCUCCUGGGGGUACCAGGGAUGUGUGCUCAGGGUGGAGCUGCAGUCCUGCCCUGAGAAGAGGAACAACCCUCACAUCUCUACUGUAGUGGGAGGGAUGCGCCACAGAGCCAGAUCAGCAGAGCUGGAAUCUACCUAGCACCAACACAAACAGAUGCAGUUACCACAGAGCUCUGUCCAGAUCCAGACUCCUUUGAAGUUCCGAUUCUUGCAGUAACAAAUGUUCUGAAUUUCUGGGUCCCAGGAUCUUCCUUCUCAUCACUUUCUGUCCUCAUAUAUCCCUUUGGGUUAGAGAGCAGACUCUGAUUUCUAUUCUCUAAAAUCAUCUCCAAGGGAAGCAUGCGAUGGCCAUUACGGUUCCUGAGUUGGAGUCUGGGUUCUAUAAUUUAUCUUGAAGUCCGACGUUAAGAGAAAGGAAGCCCUACAGCCAAGGCCCUGGGUUUUUUCUAACAAUAACUUAGGUCCCUGGGAGGGCGCAAACAGUCCUGCUACAGAGAAACAGGGGAAAGAGAAUAAAGAAAGAAAUGGGUCUGUAGGCAGAGGGGUAAGUGGACACUGUAAAUAUUUUUACAUGGAAAUUGAUUAAAGCCACAGAUAUUUCCUGAAAACCCACCCUGGGAGAGGCUUGCUGCUGAUUCUGUGCUGGUCACUGUGGGCAGGAAGACAUUUCUUACAUAUUUUGGUCAUUGGAAAAAUAGCAGCUUCUGACCUGGAGACAUCUCAGACAAAGAUGGGGGUUAUUUUUGGAAAAGGCCAGCCUUUUCUUUUACCUUUACCAGAUGUGAGGGUCUGAGCAUCCCAGGGGUCCAUGGUCUUUCUGGCUGCUGUGUAAGGCUAUGGAAGUGGGAGGGGGUAGGGAAGCAGGGGUUGAGUGCUGGAGGACAUCCUAGCUUAUUCUUCAGGAGGACCCCCCUGUCCCCUGCAGCUUGUGACUGUGCCCCAGUGACUGCCCUCACGUCUGCCCCUGUACUGUGUGCUGUGACCCUCUGACAGUGAAUAAAAGGUGUGACCGUG